AUGCCAUUAUUAAACGGAUUCACAAAUAUAAAAAAAUUACACAUGGUCAAGAAUUUCAUCGUAGAAUUGAACGAGAAUCAUUUACCCAAGAACGUAAAUAAUUUAGACUUAUCCAGCAAUUUAAUCAAGAAAAUGAACGGAAUAGCCCACUUAAAAAAACUACAAGAACUCGACCUUUCAAAGAAUCAGAUAUCAGAAAUUAGCAGCACUAGUGACCUUACAAAUUUGACUUCAUUGUAUCUCUCAUCAAACAAGAUAAGUAAAAUUACGAAUCUCAGUACACUAAAGAAAUUAAAAGUACUAAACCUUGAUUAUAAUAAUAUAUCAUUAAUAGAAAACCUAGAGUCCCUAACUAGUUUAACCUCACUUAGUAUCUGCAGCAACAGAAUAAAAACAACUUUAAUGCUGUCGGACAAUAAAAUAUGUGUAUUAGAAAAUAUUUCCUCUCUCGUCAGCUUAAUGGAACUAGAUGUAAAUUAUAAUUUGAUUGACGACAUAGAAAAUGUAGAUUAUCCACCAAAUCUACUUUGCAUACGUACUCGGAAGCCUCACGGGAGUGUCGUGAUCGAACAGGAUAAGGUAGCAGCAGAUACUGGUUUGAAACCGGUCAACGGUAGUUUAGCGGCACCAAGACCACCUUCAGAAAAGAAAUCACAGAUCGAACGAAUUUGCGUCCAACGUCAAAUUGUUUUGGCACUUUCUGUAAAUGAAAAAUAA